UGUAAUCGUGUUUGCUUUGUAGUUAUCUUAAUAAUAGUUUAUACAUAGUAGCUAUACAUGAGGCAAUCUCUAGAAUAAGAGUUCAAGGCGUUGUGUGCUGGCAAAACGUUUUCUUUAUAGUCGUUUUAGUCGUCCUUUUGGUUAAAAUCGCUUUUUGCAAAGUAUUGAAAACAUAACAGAAAAAAGAAAAAACAACUUAAUAUACAAUUAUCCUCAGCGUUAAACCUUCCAUUUUACAUCAACAAUUCUCGAAAUUAAUUGUUUUAUUUAUUAAGUACCGCAACAAUCUACCAGAGGUCGCCAGAAUGCAGUUCCAAGUUCCAGGCAAAACUCCAGUCCCGCCGUGUCUGAGCGCAGAAGAACCGACUCACAGAAGUGGGAGGCAGCUGUGGACUUCGCUGCCCAGCGAUGAGCCUCAAACGGUUUCUGUCGUCGAGAUGAUGGGGAGGUAGACGCUACUGGGCUUGUGGUUUUUCCGUCAUACAAGUACAGUGUUUGUGUCAGCACCCAUCCUCCAUUUUAAAUGAGCAAUGAGGACGAUGAUGAUGGCGGUCUCCUGCAGGAAAGACAUGCUGGUGUUUUUACUUCUCCUUCUGGUGGAAAACCUUCAAGGAAAGGUAACAGCACCUGCUCGUCUUGAGGCUCCGGUGGAGAAGCCGUUCACGCUGACCUGCAGUUUUACCAGAGACCGUGGUCAAACACUCCGUCUGGUGCACUGGCUGGACGUCCAGAACAAGACGCUGCUGACCUACCAGCCCGGUCGUGUAGAGACCUUGACCGGUCAGCAACAUGUGGAGCUGGCAACGUCUCCAAAGGACACUUCAGCUGUUACCAUCCAGCGGGUGGGAUUUCGAGACGAAGGCUGCUACACUUGCAUCUUUGAGAUGGCUCCCUCUGGUACACAGCAAGGACAGACUUGCCUCACCGUCACUUCGCAAGUCACCGCCGACCGCAACAAAACAGCCUUGAGUGGCAAGAAGGCCCAGUUGUCCUGCUCCUACGGCCUGCCUGAGAAAGUGCAGGGCAUCACAUGGAGACACACGUCUGCGCUUGGCCACUCGGCAGACGUGGCCUCUUUUGCUAAGCAGAGCGACCCGAUGAUUGAGCCGCCGUACCAAGGAAGGGUUUGGCUCAGUGCCUCGCUGUCCGACAGUCGGAUUACCAUCCAGCCUGUGGCCAUCCAGGAUGAAGGCUGCUACACUUGUCUGUACAACACACACGCUGAUGGUCCGAAGAGCUCUAAAGUCUGUCUUUCCAUCUACGUGCUUCCUAAACCUCAGGUGAGCUACAAGACCACGUCUCCCGGCGUGAUCGAGGCCAACUGCACCGCUGUAUCCAGGCCCCCGGCAGAGAUCGUGUGGAAUGUGGAGAGAGACAACCGCACCAUGGGCCCCCCUGUGAUCACACAGCUCCUGCAGGAGGAUGGGACCACCCUUGUCAUCAGCACACUCACCGUCCAAUCAGGCCUGCUGAAAGACGUCUCCGUCAAAUGUCUGGUGCACCACAAAGCUCUGGAGUCGCCCAUCGCUGUAUCCAUGAACACGAAGAUUGGAACAGCUCUGACCAUCCUGAUCUCAGUCACUACGGUGGCGUCGCUGCUGGUUCUGUCUCUGUGCUUCUGCCUCUGGAAGUGUUUCUUGCACAAAGAAGCUGAUUAGCCUCAGAUUGGGCCGAACUCUGAGAUGAGGGAAGAUCAGAACUUUCUGAAUCAUCGGCUGGUCGCGAAGCGAGGAGAAGCACCGACCUUAGGAUACCAAGUACAAUCCUAUUUAUAACCUCCAGCUGUGCGACAUUCAUCCAUACUGUCAGCUCUUAAAAGGUCCAGACAGUCGGGUGCAUCCUACUUUCAAUAUAACAACGAGUGACUUUUAAUGUUACGGUGAGAUGAAGGCAGUGGGUUUAUAAUCUGCUUCAUGUAUUUAACUGUGUAUAUUAUCUUGUGUUUCUUUGCUCUUCAAACUUGUCCUGGUGUGUGUUGUUCAGCGUAAUGAGAGCAGAAGCGUGUGUGUGCUUGACCUUUCCAAUACAAAGAAUCGAUCCCCAAAAGGCUGCUGUGUGGAGCCCCACGCAGGAAUGCUUCCGUGUUGGGUUACACAAGUGUACUCUCAGCUCUCGGUCUGGGUGGUUUUGGAGGGUUGAGGCCCAUCAGACUGCACCUGGAUGAAAUCCAUAUACGAGCUCCGAACCAAAGAAGCACUUGGACGACAGUAUUCACUGUUUCCAAACACGCCAAGUAUUCAUGAUGUUCUCUUUAAGUUAAAGAACUGAUUCUUCCAUACCAACUAAAUAUCAAACUUGUGACGCUCCAUGACAGCAACAAAAUGUGUAUAUACUGUACUGCAAAACAGAUGGAUUAAUAAAGAUAGUUAAAGAUAGAUAUAGAGUUGAUAAUAUGUGUCGGUAUCUGGGGUUCAAACAUUCUUCAGUCCAGUGGCAAAUCUGCGAGCCAGAUGUGCUUCUUUUUUUGAUUCCACCAAACACCAGGUUUAACAGUGAAGCGCCGCAGAACAAAAACACACAUGCUGUGGAUUUACAGCAGCAGAAUUCUCCUGAUGUUUCUGUGAGCUGAAGGGCAUGAGUGAGUGGGAGAAGAGAGAGGGGCACAUGUGUGUGUGGGGUGUGUUUUGAAUGUGGAGCCCCGGUUGAAGCUACCUUUCGCGAUGAAAGCUAAUUUUUGGAAUGGUUUUGUUGGGAAAGGAUUAUUAUCAAACCACUCAGAAAGGAAAGACUUUUUUUUUUGUUAAGUCAAACUAAUGUGUAUUUCUUUGGAAUAUUUUUUAUUAUUUUUUGGAUUAAUUUGAGGAAUUUGUUCGGCUGUGAAUAGUGAAGGGGUGGUGAGGCUU